AUGGGUGAUGUUCUAGCUUAUGAAGCUGAAUUACUCGGACUAGUGAGAGAGUAUUUGGAUUUUGCUGAAUUUGAAGAAACAGUGAAAGUAUUUACAAAGGAAUGUAAAAUAAAAGGGAAGCCACUACCUAAGCCAGCAGGUGUUUCCUCAAGAAAUUCAAAAGCUUUGCCUGUUCAGAAAGAUCUGCUUACAGCAUUUGAAAAUGGUGAGCAGGAAGUUUUCUUCCAGCUCUGGGAAGAGCAUGUUUCAUCUUCAGUCCGGGACAAUGAACCGGUUGCUCAGAAGCUGGAAUUCUAUCUUCAUGUCCACUUUGCCAUCUACCUCUUAAAACACUCUAUGGGAAAGCCUGACAAAGCUGAACUUGAGGAAAGGAUUUCUCACUUUAAGGCAUACCUGGAAACAAAAGGAGCUGCGCUGAGCCAGACUACAGAGUUUCUUCCCUUCUAUGCUUUGCCUUUUGUUCCAAACCCCAUGGUACACCCUUCAUUUAAAGAACUUUUUCAGGAUUCUUGGACAUUGGAUUUAAGGACAAGAUUGGAAAGGUUCCUGUCUCUGACUCUCAAAGCCAGACAGACUCCCCAGCUUCUCACUUUAUUUAAGGAGAAUGGACAGUGCAACAAAGAAAUGUUGCAACAUCUUCAUCAACAGUUAGUGGAAUCUGAGCACAGGACCAUGACCUACCUGAAACGAUUUAACAAAAUGCAAGCAGACUACCAUAAUCUCAUUGGAGUCACUGCAGAACUGGUGGAUUCCUUGGAGGCCACAGUCAAUGGCAAGAUGAUCACACCAGAGUAUCUUCAAAGUGUUUGUGUUCGCUUGUUUAGCAAUCAGAUGAGACAAAGUGUAGCACACAGCAUUGACUUCACAAGGCCCGGAACUGCUUCCACAAUGUUAAGAGCAUCUUUAGCCCCUGUGAAGGUGCAGGAUGUGCCAUUGUUGCCCUCUUUGGAUUAUGAGAAACUGAAGAAAGAUUUGAUUACAGGGAAUGAUCGUCUCAAGGCAUUCUUGCUGCAGGCUCUGCGCUGGCGCCUGACAACAUCGUAUCCUGGAGAACAGAGAGACACUGUCCUGCAAGCCUACAUCAGUAAUGACCUCCUAGACUGCCACAGUAACUGUCAGAGAAGUGUCCUCAAAUUAUUACAUUCUAAGAGUGAGGUAGUCAGACAGUAUAUGGCAAGGCUCAUCAAUGCUUUUGCUUCACUGGCAGAAGGUCGUGUCUACCUUUCUCAGAACCCAACGUUGCUGCGAAUGCUGGAGGAGAGACUGAAAGCUGAAGACAAGGAUUCCCUUACAUGGGAGAAUGUUCUGGGGGCUCUGCAGAAAUUCAGCCUCAGGCGUGCACUGCAGUCGGCAAUGAUCAAAGAUGGGCUCAUUUUCUGGCUGGUUGAUGUUCUAACAGAUACGGAUUGCCUGUCUGAUUACACACUGGAGUAUUCUGUUGCCUUGCUCAUGAACCUCUGUCUGCGGAGUGCAGGGAAGAAAAUGUGUGCAAGGAUUGCAAACCACGUGCUCAAGGUUCUCUCUGAUCUUCUUGGCCAUGAGAAUCACGAGAUACAACCAUAUGUGAAUGGAGCACUGUAUAGCAUUCUCACCAUCCCUUCUGUCCGAGAAGAAGCCAGAGCAAUGGGAAUGGAAGAAAUCCUGCGCUGCUUUAUCAAGGAAGGAAAUGCAGAGAUGAUCCGACAGAUUGAAUUUAUUAUCAAGCAGCUCAAUUCAGAGCCAUUAAAUGACAGUAUUGUGUCUGAUGAUGAAGAGGAAGAGGAGGAUGAGGAAGAGGAUCAUGACAUCAUGGAGGCUGAUCUGGACAAAGAUGAGGUUUUGCAACCUCAACUGGGAGAGCUUGCAGGAGAGAAGCUGCUAACAACUGAGUACUUGGGAAUAAUGACUCAUACUCCAAAAACCAAGAAGAAGCUGUUUCCUGGUGUCCAUCAGAGUAUAGAUGAGCCUCUCCAGAGACCAGUGACACCAGGUUAUCACAGAACUACGUACCUAAUGCCGGAAAACGAUACCAAUUCAUGUCGUGAUAGGGGUGAGAAGCUGCAGUCCCUGCCAAGUGGUCAUCUUCCCAUUUGUGGUGGGAGCAGGUCCAGCAUUUCUGACCUCUGCAUUUCCCCUUCAUCAGUUGAAAUGAAGUCAUCUGAAAUAUUCUCAUCAAGCCAUAGAAUGGACCGAAGCAUCCCAGCUGGUGACAAUAUCUUGUCUUCCCGAUCUACUGACUUCACCCAGGACAAAGUAAAUGGACAAUCGCAUAGUGAGUUUCCCUCAGCCUUCACCAGCAAACCCAAGAUCCCUCGCACUCCUGAAGCGCAGAGUGCCAGCCCUAGAAAGGGAAAGAUGCCAGCUAUUGCCCCCCAGUUCUCCCAGUCUGGACCGCAACAAACAAGCCGUCCCAGCUCCUCAGGAUCAUCCACAAGGAGCAGACAGAGCAGCCAGUCCUACAGGAAGUGAGAACAGUUCCUUUCCUCGAGAAUCACCUGUCACAUUGUUGAAGGACAGAGCCAGCUUCCUGUAAUGAGCUUUACUGGCGACCUGCUGAGAAGAGAGUGAGGUUAUUGACACUGUACGGCGUACGCCUUGCACGGUGAUUCAUGGAUUAUCUGAUGGGAU